UUGCUACAGUAUUACACAGCAAAUUUUUAAGUGUUAUUUUUUUUAGAGUUUUAGUAUGCAGAUUAAUUUUUUCAACACUACAGAGUACAUUAACACCUAAUUACACUUUUUAGUUUCCAACUCAUACACUUUGUAGUGUCAUGUUAUAUGUCAGUGUUGGUGUAGAGCUCAUAUUUGCUCACCAAACACCCCAGACUGUAUAUUUAUGAUUGAGUCUGCAUGGUUCUCAUUUCAAGUAGCGUACGUCAUUACGUCAGGUACGUUUCUAUUGGUAGGAAAUAGAUGAGCGGCAAAGAAGGCAAUCGUUGACGGCGGGAAACAACGGUUUUCAAGCGUCGUGCGGUGAAAAGGAUAUCGUGUCAGACAGCGGGAAACAGGUAAGUGGCAUUUGAAUAACCCACGCUAUUAGACAAAUAUUUAGACACAGUUUCGCAUUGGUUUUUUAUUUGAUCGGUAAUGUAUUUCCUGCUACCUUUUUUGUUUUGUUGUUUUUGUUUUUUUUUGCUAGCCUGACUGCAACAAACAUCGAUCGCUAGCUAAAACAAUUAUUUGAAAUUCAAGGAAGUUGUGGUAUCCUAAUAAAUUAUUUUGUGCUUUAUGUGUUUAACAGUUUUGGACAAUUGAAGUUCAAUUUGAAUCCCCCCUGCGUAUUUAGCACGUGCGUGCCGUCGUGGUAAAAGAAGCCGGUCUGUGUGGGGCACUAACACUAGAGAGAGUUCUGCAUUUGCGAUUUUAAAUUGUAUUAAAUCUUCAACUUAAAGUAAACAAAAAAUAUGUGAAUGUUGUAAAUUUUAUAUUUUAGUGUCCAUUGAGAUAUUUGAGCCCGCCUGCCAAAAUCGAUAAACUUGUGGGGAAAACCCCAUCCCCCAACGGGUGGGAAAAUCUGAGUCUAUGUCCGAUUUUCCACAAUUCCCACUCUUAUCCCUAACUAUAACAAAUAUAUACAGUGCAGGACUGUCUACUGCCCUGGAUUAAAAGCGAAUUGAACAACACCAUGCUCACUUUUUUGAAAGCUUACUACUUUUUUAAAACUGCAAUAAUGACGUCACCUAUUUCACAAAGUGAAAAUCUAAUUGAUAAUAUGAGAGUUUUAUGGUGACUAUGUGAAUCCACUGUGUUGUGAUGAUAAAAACGUUGAUGUUUCACUUAAAAAAACAUUUAGAUACAUUUUUUCGCACAAAUUGGUCAAACGCAAAGCAUUGGGGUCUGUUUGUCUAUAGGGGUGUAACGGUUUACUUGGUUGUAUGGAAUCGUGUCUUUUUACAGCAAUUUCGGUUCACUUUUGUACUGUACCCCACCCCCCCCAAUUAACCGUGACCUUCCACAAUAUGCUCUUUUGUUAAACUUGUUGACUUAGCUUUUGUUUUUAAGGAAUGCUUUUUUGAUUUUUUUUUUUAGCUGCAACAAUGCUAUUUAAAGUCCAGUAUUUGGGAAAGAAACGAUAUGUCAAACUAAAUGGAGCCUCGUAUGCUACAUUCCUGAGACAAGCCAAAGAGAAGUUUGACAUCCCUCAUGAGACAAAUUUAUAUGUUGUGGAUGAAACUGGGACAGAGAUUGACGAGGACGUGUUUAGUGAUCUUCUGGACGAAAAGUCCGACAUUGUCUGGAACCUUGUUGAUGCCUCUUCUGUUCAGGAAUCUCCAGUGCAGUCUUCAUGCACAGAUACCCUGUCUCUCUCAUCACUUUCAUCAGACAAUGAGACUUCCUUCAUGUCCCCUUAAAGAAGUUACAGUGCAGACCCUAAGUCCCAAAGAAAAGAAUCAAGUGAUGAAAGUUCUUCAGAUGCGAAAGAGCUUGUUGAAAAACUACUGGAAGCCAAGCCAGGAGGAGAGAAAAUACUAAAAGAAUACAGACAAACAAGGGAGGUUAAAGAUGCAUCAGGCCGGACAAUAGUCAAAAUAGUUGUGGCAGCUAUGAUUGAGCAGUAUGGGACGACUCCCCCCAUGGAUAUAAGGACACGCUAUGCUUUAGGGAUUGUCACCCUGUUUCCUUGUCUGAAAGAUCCAUACUCAGAAAAAGGAUAUGAGCACUUUUUUGAUGCUAAGAGUAAUGGAGGCUACAUUGCAUGGAAACUAAAAAACAUGCAGCGUGAACUCAGUAGUGGAAGCAGGAGGAGCAGCAGCUCUGGAAGGGAUUCAUCACGCAAUAGAGGACCACAGUUGGAGAGACCUGUGACCGCAGAGCAUCAGUUGGAUGGGGACCUCUGCAGAGAGGCCUUAUCCUUUUUGAGGCACUGCACUGAAGAAGGGCAGAUCUUCAUGAAGAUGAAACAAACUUUUCAAUACAGACGGAUGUUAAUUCAAGAUUCUGAGAAGUGUGAGACCAUCCUAACAGUAUUCCCAAGGUUUCUAGACACAAAGGGCCUGGUGUUGCAGGAUUUCCAAAUGAUGUUUGGUGAGGAAACCGCCUCAAAACUCUUGGAGAAAUGGGGAACUUUGUUAAAGCAGAAAGUUAUCAAAGAAGCGAAAAACCUCACAAAAACACCAACUCUGGACUCCCUCAUUCAGUCUGCUGAGGAGAACCAUGAUGAAAAUGAAGAUUUACCAGCUUGGGACAGUGACAUGGCAGCACUGUUGCUGUUGGUUUAUCUCCUUCCUCCUCCACCUGGUGGGAAGAAGCAACCUGGAAAGAUCGCUGUUCGAGAAGCUUUAAAACGUGUCGUCCAUUUUCACAAAUCAUGCCGCAGCCUUCAAGAGGUAACGGGCCCAGUCCAGGGGAGACAGCCCUACAUUCUGGCUGUUGGAACAUCACGUGCCAGCAUCAAUGAUUAUUACAUAGUGGUGGACGGUCAACUCAUCCCCUGCAAGGCUAAGUCUUCACUUUCAGCCUUUGAUGAACUUUUCAAAGCACACUACGUGUUUGGCAUCUCCUACGACCAGCCCUUGCAGAACAUGUAUACAUUUGUGCAGACGACCAUUUACAAUAUUGAUGUUGGCCUAUGCCAUGAAAGCCCCAGGGUAAAGGACCUCAGAUCAAAGCUUCUCAAUUGACUCAGUGGAACACAUGAAGACACUGGGAUUUGCUGAGCACCUUCAUGCCUAUCAUGUGAUGACAGGAGAUGAGUAUGACGUUU